ACUGUCAUCAUCAGUCAUUGUGUUUUCUGUGUGUACAGUUGUCGCUGUUGCCGUUGUUUUAGGAGAAUCGAAGUUGUGAGACCAUGUUUUCCCCACGUAGAACUAUUUUACUGGGUGUAAUUCUAGCUUGUACAAUAAUUGUGGUGCUAGGCCACAGCCAUAGUCAUUCACAUGACCAUUCUCAUGGAGAUGAACCACCGGCAUUCAAAUACUCGAAACAGGCGAAUGAACCACCAAAAAAAGAAGAAGUGAUAACUGAACCAGAUUACGAUUUGUACGUCAGAGCAUUAAGUUCAACACUAUUCAUAAGUAUAGUACCCUUUUUUAUACUUUUCUUCAUACCCAUCGACGGCACGGUUGAAAAACAACCGUUACUCAAGAUAUUACUUUCAUUCGCUUCGGGUGGCUUACUCGGCGAUGCUUUCUUGCACUUGAUACCUCACGCUCUCAUGGCUAGCGGCGGCUCCGAAGGACAUAGCCACAGUCAUUCACAUGGAGAAGGUGGGGAACAUGGACCACAUGAUGUAACUGUGGGCCUUGGAGUGCUGGGUGGCAUCAUAACAUUCUUAGUCGUUGAAAAAACUGUGCGAUUAUUCAGUGGAGGACAUGGCCAUUCUCAUGGUCCAGAGAAGAAAAAAUCAGAUGACAAGCAGAAAAAGAAGGGAAAAGACAACAAGAAAGAAGACAUUAAGAUUGCUGGUUAUUUAAAUCUAGCUGCUGACUUCACUCACAACUUUACUGAUGGAUUAGCAAUUGGAGCAUCAUACAUUGCAGGACAAAAUAUUGGUCUUAUUACUACAGUAACUAUAUUAUUCCAUGAAAUUCCUCAUGAAAUUGGAGAUUUCGCUAUUCUUGUCCAAUCAGGAUGUUCUCGUAGGAAAGCAAUGAUGUUACAGUUACUAACUGCAUUUGGUGCUAUAUCUGGUACUGUUCUGUCUAUAUAUCUUAGAGGAUCAGGUGAAGGACUUGUUUCAAAUCUUAUUUUGCCUUUCACAGCUGGUGGUUUCAUUUACAUAGCUACUGUAUCAGUUAUUCCAGAACUUAUAGAAGGCUCAAACAAUAAGUUUUCACAAUCAUUAAAAGAAAUUAUGGCAUUAUUAGCUGGUGUGUACAUGAUGGUACUUAUAGCACAAUAUGAAUAAUAUUUAAUAAUAAGAGCAUUACUUAAAAUUGUGUGCCCAUUUAUAUUAUAGCCUUCUUUAUUUACCUCUAAUCAAAAGCAAUUGCCUUCGUCCCCCCCUUGAAUAUAAUUUUAACCCUUUCUCUUUUCAAGUUCUUGCUUUAAAAUACUGUUAUCCAUGGUCACAAUGUGUGGAAAUGCUCUUAUCAAAUGUAAUAUAGAAUCGUGAUGUAAAUAUAUUUGCAUUGUACUAUUUUUCCAAAUAAUAUAAAACAUCACAUACAUAACUUCCUUGUUGAUAGAAAAGUGUUAAAUGGUUUUAAUUAGUCUACAUGCAGUGAGUUAAAGGUGAUUAAAUGUAUUGUUUAUCUAGAACUAUAAAUGAGAAUUAUCAAUGUUCAGUUGCUUGUGUGCAACUGCUAUUGUUAUGAAAUAUUGUUUUGGUAUAGACAAAAGAACUUUUCAUAGUAUACUUGUUGGGUACUACUGUACUAUAGUAAUGAAGUUUGGAAAGAUACUAGAUAAAGUGAGAUCAAAUAGAAAGUAACAAAUAAAACUAUUAAUGCA